AUGCUGGGAACUCAAAGUAGCAAUAACAAUUUAAAGCUUAAAAAUAAUCGAUUGAUUGGAGUUAACUGUAAGCCUAGCACCAAUUCUAGUGAACAUAGCGAUUACAUCGAUGAAGAUUAUUCUGAUUAUGUGGUAAAAAAUGAUAUUCCGGAAAUGAAACUUCUUCCCAUUGAUUAUGUCCAUAAAGCGGUGAAGCCUUCAUGUGCCCCACCGCCACCUCCUGUCAAGUGCAAGUGCCUUAAACCUGAAAACCCUAAAUCUGCACUCAAAGUUACAAUCAGCGAGCCAAUGAACAUGGAGAAAAAUCCAAAUGAAAAAAGCUCAUCAAAGUAUUUGGUUUAUAAGAAGAAACAUUCUAUUUUUGGAACGACUCAAGCCACACCAGAAAAACUUCAAUAUGUCAAUGGAAAUGACAAGAAACCUGCCAAGGUCAGCACUCCCGAUCCGCCAAAAGUGAAAGAAGGAAAGAAACGAUAUUUGAUAUUUGAUAGUAAGAAGAGUAACAACAAAUUGGACUCAAUUCAAUAUUAUUUUGAUAACAAAAGUUAUGAAAAAUAUGUUGACAAUAAAUUAUAUGGAAAACUUAAUCGAAACUUAACUCCUGAGCCAAAAGAAAUUGAUGUGGAUAUGAUGAAUGGAUUUGAGAAUUCACUCAGUUGGGAGUAUCGAGAUAACAGCAAAACUGAAAAUAAGUUGAAAAUGUUUGAAUCGAAGCUCGAACCUAGACAAACAUGGACAACAAGAAGUGAUGGAAGCACAAGCGGCGCUAGCACUUGCAGUGAAGUUUCACUCAAACAACGUAAUUGUAGAUUGAAGCCGGGACUUAAAUUCACAGUUUCAAAAUCGAUUGGCGAUCUUUCCAUGAGAACAAGCCAAGAUGUCGAUCGAAUUAAUCUUUUAUUUGCUAAUGCCAAACCACAUCAGGUUGGAUCGAAAAUGAAUUUUGAUCGCGAUAAAUAUAAAAUUCAUCGUCAAAUGAACAAAGAAAAAACUGAAAGCUCUGCUUGUGGCAGUCACAGUGAGAGAAAUUUGACAAAAGAUAAUUUAAAGAAAUAUCAUCGCACGACAACAGAGUUGAACAUUGAAAAGCUUCCAGUUUCGUCUAAGUCUUCAUGUGGCUUUCAAAAUUGUAAGUUUUCUGACUGUCCCGUGUCGAGUAAUUCAGAAAAAUCAACAGCAUCAACACCUGUAAAUGCGAGACGAACGAGAUUCGACGAGAACUUCAUCAAAAAGUUUGAAGAUAUGCGUAAGAAUUCGAAUGCCAUGAUGAAGAAUAAUGAUGGUGCGGUCAUAAAAUCGAAUAUUAGUGUUAAUGGUAAAAGUAAUAUAUUCGUAAAUGAUACCAAAUGCAAUUUCACGCAAAAUGAUCAAGAUGCAUUUAUUAUUGAUCGCUUCAAGGAGAAAGAAACUCUUGUAUCAAAAACAAGUAAUCAGAACAAGACCACAAUAAAAAUCAAUGAUAACUGCUUUGUGGUCAAUCAUAAUAAUGAAGUUAAAAUUAACAAUAACGAAAAGAAUAAAAACAUAAUCGAAUUGAAUAGCAACAGCAACGAUAAAGUCUCAAACUGGGAUAAAAACAUCAAAGUCAAAAAUAAUCCCCAACCCAAAUUUAAUAAUAAAAUCGGCAUAAACAACAAAAUCAAAAAUGAGGAAAACAGUGUUAAGAUUUAUGUUUUAGGAAAUGACAACUCAUCUCCAACCCCAAGUGCAACUAUGUCAAUAUCAUCAUCGGAUUCCGAAAAAGAUUACGGAUAUUUUGACACAAGCUCUCAGGGGCGUUCAUCAUCGCCUGAGUUUGCUGAAAUGUUUAAGAAAUUCCGUCAAAUGUGCAAUGUUAAGUUAAACCCACUUGGUUGUGAUGGAGCUCUUUUUUGGAACAACUCUUACUUCGAUGAAGAUGAAAUCGAAAACGAAAAUGAUUUGGUGACACAAAACAAUAACAAUAAGACGACUGAAAAUGAUGCUGACUCACCUCUUUAUGCUUGCACAAAAUGUCAUACGACGAAAGAAGACUUAUUAAGCAAUUAUAUUUGCAUUUGUCGAAAUAAGGUGGAAAAUUACAUUACAAGACCACUCUCAUGUGAAGGUCCCUCAGAUUCGGGUGUCUCAGUUAGCAGUGAAUAUAUUAGUCCUGACGGUGACAAUUCAUCUCUUGCAACCCAAACUCAAACCGAUAUCGAAUCACACCGACUUAAACGAGGACAUGUGCUGGCAGAGUUGCUUGAAACAGAAAGGAUAUAUGUGAACGAGAUGAACUCAAUAUUAACGAUAGAAUCUAAAUAUGUAUGUUUAGAAGUUCGUUAUAGAUUCAAUGUAAUUGAUACUUUUUCAAAAAGUGAGACAUUUCAAAAUAUCACGAUUAUGAUGAUGAUGAUGAUUAUGAUGAUUACGAUGCUGGCAGAAACCUUCUGA